AUGCCUGUUGCUGGCGCCGAUGGCGCCGAACCCUCACGGGCGGCUCGCGUCAGCCCGCGCGUGGCAGGUGACAACGUGUGGGGUCUCGCCUGGGCCGUGACUCAGGGUGCCUCGCCUAUGAUGGCAGCCUCGCAGGUCAGGCAGCCAAUCGGGAGCUGCAAUGCUAUCAGGCCAAGAGGGGUCCAUCGCAGUGUCCUAUUUGAUAUAUAUGUCGUCGCCCUUUUCUUUCCUUAUCUCGAUGCCAUAAUCAUAUCAUUUCAGUUUCAAACCCCUACGUCAUUUGAGUCGUUGGUAUCCAAGGCAGUCAGGAUGCUCGAACCCAAGGACUUUCCUCAGAUGUGGCAGAAGCCUUCAAGCCAAGAUCUACGUUCCUGUUUGCAGAGCCUGGAAAUGAGCCCAACCAUAUGGAGCCAUACGAGCCGUCAGCCACAGAUUGAGGAGGACCAAGAGGCUACAGCAUAUGUGCGACGCGAGAUGUCGAUGUAUCUUUCCUCUAUUGUCAAGAGUGGAUUGACCUGGAUCGAUGACGAAGAGGAGAAGGAGUUCAUCUGGUCAGAGGCGAGCCGGAGAUUAUCAGAGCGCUGUGGCAGAACAGCCAUGGGCGAAAUCACACGUCGUUGGCCCUUCAGGGAAAGCGAACGACCAAAUGACUUCGAAUUGAUGAUCCGAGAGCCGCCGCUGACCGGAGAUUCGCUCGGACACAAGACAUGGGGCUCCUCCUAUGUACUCGCAAGGCACCUACCACAGCUAACGUCAACUUCGCUGGCUCGACUAUUUGCCGAAAGUCAUGAAGGGUCUCGGCUUACAGUUCUCGAGCUUGGGUCAGGGACAGGGCUUCUCGGGAUCGCUGCAGCAGCUUUGUGGAGGGUCGACAUUGUGCUGAGCGACCUACCUGAAAUCAUGGCCAACUUGCACCAUAAUGCUGAUGUGAACCGAUCCGUUGUUGAGUCUCUCGGGGGCUCGCUGAAUGAUGGUGCCUUGACAUGGGGUAGCACAUCCGAGGAUGAAGUUGAUCAAGCGCUGUUCGGGGAGAAGAAUCAGUUCAAAAUUGUUCUGGCUGCGGACCCAAUGUACGACGAUAUUCACCCUGCUCUUCUCGCUGGCGCGUUUUCAGAGCAUCUAUCAUUCGACAGCGACUCGCGAGCUGUCGUUAUGGUUCCAUUACGUGACGAAACGACCAGGAACCUCAUGAAGACCUUCAGAGCCUCUAUGGAAGCAGGCCCUGACGUAUUGCAAUGCAUAGAGGAAGGCACGCUCGACGGUCAGGAUGACUGGGGCGAGGGCGACGACAGCUCUUUGAUUAGUUGUUGGUGGGGGAUGUUUGCUCGCGCCGAGACAAACACAUAA